AUGAAAGGCAGUAGUAGGAAUAAGGAUCAUUCGACAGAAGGAGAAGGAACUGGGAAGCGACCAAAAAGAAAGUGUCUUCAGUGGCAUCCCCUGCUUGCCAAGAAACUCCUUGACUUCUCUGAAGAGGAGGAGGAGGAAGAAGAGGAGGAAGAUAUUGAUAAGGUGCCGCUCCUUGGUGCUGACGGUUUAGAGCAGGAUGCUGAUGAAACUGAAGAUGAUGAGUCCUCAGAGCAACGAGCUCGCCGACCAAUGAAUGCAUUUCUCUUGUUCUGCAAACGCCAUCGCUCUCUCGUGCGAAAAGAACACCCUCGCCUUGAUAACCGUGGCGCAACCAAGAUCUUGGCAGAUUGGUGGGCUGUUCUAGAUCCAAAAGAAAAGCAGAAGUACACUGACAUGGCCAAGGAAUACAAGGAUGCAUUUAUGAAGGCAAAUCCAGGGUACAAGUGGUGCCCCACAACAAACAAACCUGUUAAAACCCAAGCAUCCACUGUUACAAACAGGAAAAAACUAUGGGCCUUAGCGUCAGACACUGCAAAAGAUAUACCAAGCCCGAGGAAAGCGACAAAAAGUGAAGAAAUGCCACAGCUUAACUUCGGGAUGGCAGAUCCUACACAAAUGGGAGGCCUGAGUAUGCUGCUUCUAGCGGGGGAACAUGCCCUGACUGCACAAGAGAUUUCCUCGAGUACUUGCCAGUCUGAUGCAACUAAUUCUACGGAAACGUGUCAGAAGUCAUCACUGUUUCAGUUUGCAGAGAUCUCUUCAAGCACAUCACAGCCUGGAGUCCCGGGAGCUGUAAAACAAACCGAGGAGUCUGCAUUGUUUCAGUUUGCUGAGAUCUCAUCAAAUACUUCCCAGUUGUCAAGUCCUGAGCCAGUAAAGCACUGUGGGAAGUCGGCACUCUUCCAGUUGGCAGAGAUGUGCCUUGCUUCAGAAGGAGUAAAAGUGAAAGAACCUGGGAAAACAAAAGUGGAAGCACCCAAAGAUGUGGGAAGGGAAGUUCCAGAGGAAAUGGAACUUGAAGAACUGGAGAAAACAACAAUAAAAGACUCCUGUAAAGUAAAAGUAGAACAAUCGGAGAUAGAGAAAAUGCAAAACCGGGAUGAGACAAAAGCUGAGGAAUCAGAAACUGCAAAAUGCAGAGAUUUUACUAGUCUUGCAAUAGAGAGCAGUCCUUUUGAGAGACAUGAUAACACAAAGGAUCACAUGUGCUGUUCUCCAGAGCUUUCAAUGGCUGACAUGAACAUCCUCGGGCUAAAGCCAGAAAAGAUAAAGAAGAAGAAGAAAAAGAGUAAGUUGGACCGGCACACAAACGAAAAAUCCACUCCCAAGAAACCUUGUAAAAAGAGGCAGUCCUCUGAGUCGGACAUUGAAAGUGUAAUGUAUACAAUUGAAGCCGUUGCAAAGGGGGACUGGGGUGCUGAGAGACUCGGAGAAACUCCCCACAAAAAACCCCGCCCUGUCUCUAAUGUGAAGGGAAGUAUGUUGGAUACAAAAUCACCAAAGAAAAAAGUGAAAUCGAAAGAGAAGAAAACAUCAAAGGAGAAACCCCCGGAGACCACCAAAGAAUCGAAGCCUCCCGAUUUCCUUAGUAUUGCAGCCAGCAAGGAAGUACCAUGUGAGGCUUCUGAUAACAUUAAAGUGGAACCACUGACCCCAACAGAGGAGGUGGUACCCCAAAGCUUACCAGGACAGGUCAAAACUGAGGACAGUGACUGUGUUAAAAAGAUAGAAACCUGUGGCUCCAGGAAAUCGGAGAGAUCUUGCAAAGGUGCUCUUUAUAAAACUCUGGUGUCAGAGGGCAUGCUCACGUCUCUGCGCGCUAAUGUGGACAGAGGAAAAAGAAGCUCAGGAAAAGGCAACUCCUCAGAUCAUGAAGGAUGCUGGAAUGAAGAAAACUGGGCUUUUUCCCAAUGUGGCACAAGUGGGAACAAAAAACUGAAAAAGCCUAAGCCAAAAGAAGAGUUUGUUUUCGGCUUAGCAAAGUUGGAAGAAGAAUUUGAAAAGAAAUUCAACAGCCUUCCUCAAUACAGUCCUAUUACCUUUGACAGGAAAAAUUCUGCUGUUCCAAGGAAAAAGAGAAAGGUUGGAAGUGGCUCAUCUGAACAACCAAAAUCCAACAAAGGUUCAUUCCUGUCUCAGAAAAAGAACUUAUUCUACAAAAUUGUCAGCAAAUGUAAGCACAGAAAGGAGAAGCUUAAUGUUCCGGACACAGCCAUACUCUCAGAAGACAGAAAUUCCAGUGAGUCUGCCUGGAAGAAUAAAUUUUCUAUAUCUGCCCUAAACACUCCAGAGCCAGCAAUGAUGCAUGAGCCUUUAGUUGGCAGCCAGAAAAGGAAAGCAAGGAAAACUAAGAUCACACACCUUGUCCGAACAGCAGAUGGUCGAGUGUCACCAGCAGGAGGGACACUGGAGGAGAAGCCAAAAGAGCUGCCACAAAGCAUUCUUCAGAAAACAUCAAGUGCAGAAACAGAUUGCAACAGCGAAUGCUCCAGAAAUGCAGAGACAGAAGAAAAUCAUAGUAUUACAUCAGAUAUGCCAGCGGUGUCUGCAUUUUUUAGCUUAGCUGCUCUGGCAGAAGUAGCAGCCAUGGAAAAUGUACACAGAAGUCAGAGGGCCACACCUCUCCCACAUGAUGGACAGCCAAAUGAAAUGUCUCAGGCUCCAGUGCUUAUUUCCUGCGCUGACCAGUGAAGCUCCACUUUAUUGUAAAACAUUGUGCUUUACCUAAUAUCCUAGCCUUGUCUUUACCAAGGGAAGCUAGUCAGUCCAUAUGAUGGAAACUAUAGACUGCAAGCAAGUGUUUAUUGCUCUGAGUGGCCCAGAAUUCACUGGAAGCCAGACGUUAGCAAUUUGGGCCAGGUCCUCAAAUCGGAACCCAGUAUGUAGGAAGGUGAUAUUAAUUGUCUAUUAAUGAACAGAAAUGGAAUGAUCCCAGAGCUUGCUUUCUAUUGAAGGCUUUUAAACAGUAAAUAGGUGGUUGGUGUGAAAAAGGCUGCCUUUACUGUUAGCUCACACAGCAUCUCUUUUACCAACCAGAGAGUACGGCAACUAGUUUCGUAUAAUACCUAGUUAUUCUAAAUUAAAAUGAAAAAAAAAAAACAA